CAGGUGCUGGCUGGCAGGGAAGACGCACUGUGAUCCUUGUAAUCAUGCUAAGUAUGACCUAGAUCUACCACAAGCUGUGCGCCAUCGAUCAGGCGCGUUAGCACGGCGUCCGCGCCGUUGCUCUACUCCCUCCGAUAUGUUCGCCUAUUUGUUAACCCGUCAUGGUACGCCGUGAGCAGGAGGAGCAGGCCUGACUUUGCCCACGCCGGCUUUUGCUCUCGUCGCUCUUCCCUCGUCGGAACCUAAACAGAACACGCUACCACCAUCCGAGCCAACCUGCACUUGUCGCACUCGGCGGCGCGCUAACAAACAGCGGACAGUAAGCUCGCGAUGGCUCUAGCGGAGCCCAAGGCGAACGCCAGCGACACCUCGGAGGCUGGCCUGUCGCCCGAAGUGCGCGAAGCCAAACGCAUCCUCGACGAGGCCAACGCGGACAAGACGCCAGAGCGGCCUGAUGGCGAGAACAAGCAGCGAUCCGGGGACUCGCCCCUCGAGACCGGCUCGAAGGUGGUUGACACGGCUUCGAACAGCGACGGGGCGCAGCUGCUGCUCGACGGCGUGACCUCGCUCGUGGACAAACUGCCCCCCUUCGUAAAGGCGCUCGAGGCGGUUGCGCAGAUCCAUCCCGUGAUUGCAGUCGCGGUGGGGGCGUUCAAGGUCGUGAUCGAGCUCGAGGUCAAGCGGAGGGACAAUGACAAGAAGGUCAGCCUACUAUUCCUCGAAAUGAGGAACAUGAUGUCUGCCUUUCUCCAGUUGCAAAGCGUACGUGCGGACCAUGUCGGUCGAGACGGUAUGACGAUCCGAGCUCGGUUACAAGACUUGGUCAAGCGCACUGCGAACGACAUCAAGGAGUGCGCGAACGUUUGCGACACGUACUCGAAGAAGCGUCUUCUCGUCAAGGUCCUCAAGGGUCCUGUAUGGGACGACACACUGAAAGGCUUCGUGCAGCUCUUCACCGACCGCAAGGCCGAGUUCAACUUUGCCAUCGCGAUCCACACGGGUAUGGCUGUCGAUCGUGCGAACGACAAGCUCGAUACCCUCAUGACGAAAAUGGAACUUAUCCUCACGUUCUUCGAACGCUCCGUCCCAUCAUCUCAGCGCACACUCAGCGCCGUCGUUGAGCAGGCCGGCGGGGCAGACGCCGUGCUCCAGCGCCCCGAUAUCCUCCACACCCUCUUAGACCAAGAGCGCACCUUCGAUCUCGCCUCUGACCGCGCACCCGACCCUCGCAUACCCUCUACCCCAAGCCGCAGGGCCUCCAGCAUGGUCGCGGUGCCCGGCUCCAGCCGCGGUGUGUCCCACUCUGGGUUUAACUACUCGCGCGCAGCCGAGACGCAGCGCGCGCGCAGGCGGUCGAACAUUCGCGCGACGGGCCCCAGUGCCAGUGUGGAGAGUCCGUACGGUGGCCUCCCGCAGUCGUACUACGUGACCCCGCAGACGUAUGCGACGCCGCAAUCGUACGCGACGCCGCAAGCGUACGUGACGCCGCAAUCCGCGCCGCAGAUCCGCUCGGUACAAGACCGACGAUCGACGCAAACCCAAGGGCACCGAUAUUACGGUGAUACCCCGCAGGGUUAUGGGAUGCGUGCACCGAGUCCUUACAUGGGGCCGUAUACGCCGAACGUUCCAGUCGACUACGAGCAGGAGAUCGUGCUGUUGAAGCAGGAGCUGGUGCAGGCGCCUGCAGCAGAGAUCAAGAAGAACUUCGAGGCCUACGAGCGGAAGUUCGAGGCACUGAGCAGAGAGUUAGCGGAGGAGAUGAAGAAGUUCGUAUCUCGGGAGGGAGAUAGGGUCAUCAGCUCAGUGCUUGCCGGACCGCAUGACAGGAUAUUGGACCCGGACCUCUACGAAAUUUGGAAAGACAUGCGAUGGCGCGGCAUUGUCAAAGCGCGUCAUCUGGUCCUUGCGAUACACGAUUACUAUCUACAGAAGCGGGAUGAGCAGGAACAGGACAUCAAAGCGCGGAGAAGCCUCAAAAUCGACGGGACCCAGAAGCGUCGCAGUAUCAGUGAAGACGACGCGUGGACGCUCGAAUACAUCGACCUUAUGCACCUCCAGCCCGUCAUCGAAGCACUAGACGAGGAUGCGUCGGGGUACAUUACCAUACAAGAAGUGAAUCAAUUCACGAUGUCCCGGCCUGAAGGAUGGAGUCUCUUACACUGGCUCGCAUAUUGGGCCAUCGGUUGGCAGGUCUGUAUGUCUGCCUACCAACGACGGAUCUUUGCUACGCUCGACGCCAUGUUUGACCUUGUCGAAACCGCUCGCACCGCUAACAAGUCGCAGGUGGUCAAUUAUCUGGAUGCCAGCCGCAGGAUUGUGCUGGACUUGACUCAGAGCUUCCAAAGCAGUGGGGACUGGCAUAUCCACCUACCUCGCUUCCAAGCGUAUAUGGACCGGGAGGAAGUACGUCUGCGGGAGAGCUUGGAGACUUUCAGGUUCGAAAUCGAUGCACAGGAUACGCUCGCCCUGAUCAACGGACGGAAGAGUCUAGAGAGGAACCUCUUCCCCCUGUUGUACCUACUGUUGUCUCGCCACUAUGACGUGAUGAGGCUAGCUCAGGUGCACAUACUACACAUCGACGAACUGACCGACGCCCAAGAGUCCCUUCACGUCGUCAAGGACGGAUUCGAUUUACGCCGCAGCGAGCUAUCAGCCUUAUUCCAGCAGCGACGCCUGUAUGUUACCCAAGAAAUCGACGAAUUUGCAUGCGGGAUGUUCGCAUCCAGUAUGUAUAAUCCCGUUGCCAAUGUCUGGGGCGAAGAUGCAAGCAAGAUCGCUGGGCUCAGCAAAGAUUUCCCACGUAUCAGCAUCCUCAAGUAUCUCGUACAUCGGGAGGAUUUCUACCCCAUCAACGAGGACGGCCUUUCUGAAAUCGAGGACACUCAAGGCAUCGAUGACUCGCUCAGGCCAAUUGUGGGACAAUGGGUCGCUGUCCGUGAUUACGUCGACGAUGGUUUGGGUGCACCCAUGCUCAAUGUCCAUUUUCAUCCAUCUCUCAUGAGCAGGACCCAAGUUAUCGCCGAGCCAACGCUACUAUAUCCUUGGCGUUGCACUCGUGCGACUAUUGUCGGGGAACGCAUCUCACCAUCAGACACCAAUUUAGUGUUCGCCUUCACAGUGACAUUCAACACGACAUCUCUCCAAACAGAGUAUUGGAGGCUGACGCUGUCGGAUGAUAGCGACACCUUGACCGGCGAAUCUGACUUCGUGCCCGACAUCUCUAGUCCGGACGGAUGCCACGUCGUGAUGAAGAAGGGAAUUUCCGUUGAGACCAUGGCCUUCUACCCGUCGCCGAAGCAAUUAGAGGCGAACAGAGCGCAAGCAUGGUGGCAGUUCGCGAUCUCCGCGGUACGCUCCCAGGUCCGGCAACGAACGAUAUCUUGGGCGCGCAUCAAGUACCACCGCGAUGAGCGGCGUCGUCACUCCUCCUUCGUGCAUCGCGAGACCUUCGGAGGCCGACUUCACCCCGAGGACCUCCAGGAGCUGCACCGACUUACCCGCCGCACCUCACCGGCAGAGCUACACCGUAGGGCUCACGCCGCUGUGGAGCCCGCAAAGUACGCUUGGAUCCUCCCACCAUGCUCCGGCAGCGGCGUCGAUUGGGCGACCAAAUGCGGUAAGCUGAUGAAGACGACCACGCCCAUGCUCCGGUGCUAUACGUGCACACCCGAACCUGGAUACCACAGGUUCGGCGCUGCUUUCUGCAUUGAUGACCCUGCUUGCUUUCAUGGGGUCCACGGCCGACUGCCAGGCGACGGCACAACUCAUUGUGUAUUGAAGACGCGGCUAGAGGGGUGGGCCAUCGCGGAAGAUGACCAGGUGAUAGGUGAAAAGGUGGAGGAGCUUCUGAAUCGGAUCAAGGCUACAGUGGAUUUGUUAACGAAGGAGGGAGAUGAUUCACCAGUCGAAGGGCCAUUCUCGCCCCACCGCCUGUCGACAAUCGGCGAGCUCACCGAGGAUGAUAUCACAGACGUCGAAGAGCGACAACUAGACUCGGUGGCUAGUCCGAAGGCAUCGAACAUUGGCUCUUUGCCUCCCCCGAUCGAGGAUGCUCUAUUCCGGACCGACAUAAAGCCCCCAGCACACGAACCGAUUGCUCCAAGGUUGCGUAACGAAACAUCACCAUCGACUGAUUCCCUAAUACAGCGGCCUAGCUCGCUUUCUGAUACCACAAUUGUGACCGACAGUGUACGCACGCUAUCGCCGCCCCUUACCGACCAUUUCAUCCUAAGGACGACUAUCAGCAACUGCGUGGGAUGCGGUAGCAAAGUGACCUUGGCGUGCUGGUUGUGCGUGGACUGCCCAGACCAUGUCUUCGUCUGCCUGUCCUGUGACGAGAGUGAAGGCGGUAUCACGGCUGGACAGCACAAGGAGACGCACACUCUUGCGCAGCUUUACCGUCCCCCCCUGGAAGGCUCCCCGCCUUUCGACCUCAGACAAUUGCCUAGUCGCAGGGGCAGCGCAGACUCCGACGACCGUUUCUAUGAUGGCGAUCUUGAUUGGGUCAAGGACGGCGCAGGAGACAACACAGUCGUGCCCUGGGGACCAGCCGCUAGUGGUAGCGCGACUGAGUCGUCAAUGAUCGCUUUGGGAGGGCGGAUUACGAGGAUAGAACAGAGGUUUGGGGCAGUGGAGGAUAGACUGGGCCGAAUGGAAGGCAUGCUUGAGGCGGCGUUGUCUCUGCUCCGCACAGUCCGUAACCCUCAAGAGCCGCGGGGACCGGAGGAGAACGCGGGAGAUUCCUCACCUAAGAUGUAGUGUAGCCUGUCGCUGAAUGCAGGACUUCGACGCAACGCAGUAGCAAGAAAGACAUUGUACAUCAGCAGAUACGGGGAUGCCCCGUGAACGCGAACAACGGUUCCAGCACAUCACGAAUACAUACAGAAUGACUUCUAUACUUCCACGUUCGACUCCGGCCUAUCUUGCGUCCUGCUUACUGCAGCGAGGGCCUUCGCACCCGUUCCUGCUGCGUCCUCGACAUACGUCCACCUCUUCAAGAAAUGACCGCGUCUCUCAAGCUCCGCGAAUAUCAACCUCCGGUACGCCUCUACCCCCACCAAACUCCCGCCAAAGCAUAGAAUCGUUUGACUCGCCUUGACCUUCCGUGCCGGGUACUCCGUCCCGUCAUCCUCUUCUGGUCUCAGAAGGACACAUAUCUGGUCGACGAGCUCGCGAGUCGUGUGCGCGAGGACGCGCAGGGCGAGCGCGUCUUUGUCCUCGAACGCGGCGGCGAAGACCAGAGGAGCGAGCGAAGACAGCCGCUUCUCGCGCACCAUCUUCGUGUACGCAGGUGCGUCCUUCUCCUCCUGAUCUGACAAGCCAGGUGCAGGGGUGGGGAGCGGGUCCGGCCAGUGGAUGACGGUGAGGAGCUCGAAGACGUCCGUGACACCGAAAUAGUCGAGAACGCGGUCCUUGAGGGUGCUGUCCGUGUUGCGCCGCUCUGGGGCGACGACCGACGCGCAGUCCGCGUCCCACAGGAUCUGCCUUAUCGCCUCACGCCCUACGUGGAAGCCGCCUCCCUCAUCGCCCAGGAUCCAUCCCCAGCCCCCGACGCGUCCCAGCUCCUCGAGCCCGGCACCCUGCCCCUGUUUGAAGCUGACCACAAUCCCGCCCGUUCCGGAAACGCAUCCUAUUGCCGCAGUCACGUCGUCGUACAUGCUCAGGGGCGACGCAAGGAGGUGGGUAUCGUUCGCGACGACCGGCUCUACGCCGAGCAACGCGGUGAGUGGGGGUAUAAGUCGCGCGAUCGCCGCCGCGCUAUCGACGCCGGAUACCCCCAACCAUGCCGUUGCAAACAGGGGCUUGUCCGCCGGGGGUGGUAGCGUAACAUUGUCCCUCGAAGCUGGCAGAAACGAUUGGAGGGCAGAAAUGACUGCCGCGG